CACGGAUCACCAAACCAUCAAACGCCAAACCCAGCAGAGAGGCAAAAGGAAAGGAAAAGGAGCUCGCCAAAGGCACCGUGCAGCUGCACGACUCGGCUACAGGAUUCUCAGAGACACCGCUGCAGCUGCAAUGGAGAUGGCCUCUUCCUCCACGGCGCCGACCACGUCCUACUACAACGUGUCCGUGGCGCAGGCGGUGUUCACGCUCUCCAUCAACGCCAUCCUCGUCUGGCUCACCACCGUCAUCAAGUCCUCUUCCUCCUCCUCCUCCUCCUCCUCCUCCGGCCGCCGCCGCGAUGCCGCCCCCGCGGCGACCCCGGCGCCUGCUAGCGCCACCGCACCACCACCGUCGCCGUCGUCACCGGCUAAGCCCGCCGCCGCCGCCGUCGACAUGGACGUGGUGCUCGGGCUGAUGGGCGCCGGAGCCAGCGCGGUGUCCGUCGGGUUCGAGGAGGCGGCGGCGCUGUUCGAGGAGGAAGAGGCGACGGUGGAGGAGGCCCGCGAGGCGUUCGCGGUCUUCGACCGCAACGGCGACGGGUUCAUCGACGCCGCGGAGCUCCGGAGCGUGCUCACGUCGCUCGGGUUCCAGGCCGGCGUCGCGGACGCGGAGUGCCAGCGCAUGAUCGAUGCGUAUGACGGGGACAGGGAUGGCAGGAUCGACUUCCUCGAGUUCGUCAAGCUCAUGGAGACGAGCCACUGAGAAUUAGAUGGAUGAUGCCAUUCGUAGGACCGCCCGAUCAGACGAUUCGGCCGAAUUUGUUCAAACAUUCUUUGUUCGUUCGUUCGUUCUUUACCUAUGGUUUUUUCUUGGCCGGAAUUAAUGGAGCCGAAUGAUGCAUACAUAUAACACAUGUGUAUAUAUUCAAAAUCCAGCAUUCUAAGCUAUACGAAUAUAUAUUUUAUCGAAACAUAAAUCAGUGCUGUAUAUAAAGCUUGUUUUGUUGAGCUUA